UACACACAAUGACACUAGUGUUUUGGUUCACAUAUUUACGUAAAAAUUGUGUCCAUGUUAAACUUUUAUACAAAGAAAAUGAUAUAACUUAGUAUAUUUGAUUUUGCCCUCUGCAUCAAGAUGCGCUGGCUGUGGAAAAUGUUUCAAACAUAAUUUUUAUUUAUGUUCAAGUACCACCACACACGCAAAUCAUCGACCUGAUCGUACCUUUUUCUCAACGCUACUUGCGAAGUGUGCUAGGUAGUAGACGUACAGGGUAACGGGAGCACAGUGUGUGAUAUUUUCUUUCUCUAAUUGUGUCAAAUGGGUAACUUUUACCAAUUCAUAAUGUCGGAGUGAAAACUUUUUUCGUUGGUGACCAAAGUCCUAAGAAAACACAAACACGUAUUGCCCUGCAUUGCACUAAUCCAAGGCUCAUUUCUACGUAGCUGGAAAAGAGGGUAGACUAGCUACGAAAGACAUUUGCUCAUAGGUUCAAAGAAUCAUUGGCAGUGGUAGUACGGCAACAAAAAUGGGUGCAUUGACUAGCAGGCAGAAUGCAACCGUGGAAGAGGCAGAUGUUAGCGCUAAUCAUCAGUACAAGUAUCCUCCUCGAUCGGGUAACUACUUCGGUACCCACUUUAUAAUGGGAGGUGAACGAUUCGAUACCCCUCAGCCAGAAGCGUAUCUUUUUGGUGAAAAUGCAGAUCUUAAUUUUCUUGGUUGUAAACCGACUCCCUUUCCUUAUCCACCACCACAAGCGACUGAACCAACGAAAACAUUGAAGAGUUUGAUUAAUAUACGCAAAGAAUCCGUACGAUUCGUCAAAGCAUCCGACUGUGCGGCCAAAAUCCACGGCGAUGGCACUAAAGCAAGUGCGUACAACAUAGAGUUUGUGUUUGAUGCCGAUGCAAGGUGUGCCAUCACGGUAUACUAUUUCUGCAUUGAGGACGUUGGAAGCACUGGUGUGAAUUACAUUCCCCGUGAUUCAUCUCUAUCGUCCGAAACAUUCCACUUCAAACGGGGAGUGAACCAGAUUUUUUCAGCCCCAUCACAUAUAUUUAGCCCAGCACUUUUCUCCGAAGACGAUCUAUCGUACAGCUCCGAAAAGGAUACAUUCCCAGUAGUCAUACACUGUGUAGUGGAGGAAGGUAAUGAAGAUUGUCGUCAAAGUCACACUACCAUUUGUGUGGUGGACCACCAUACGGAUGGAACUUAUGCUCUGCGAGCUCUGAAACAGAAGAUUUUCGUCGAUGGUUUGUGUUACUUACUGCAGGAGAUUUACGGGAUCGAGAAUAAACUUGUUAAUAAGUCCAUUGGUGAUGAAGACACCGACGACAACGGAAGCGAGUGUGUAAUCUGUAUGUGUGACACCAGGGACACACUGAUUCUCCCCUGUCGCCAUCUGUGUCUGUGCAAUUCGUGUGCUGAUUCACUGCGUUAUCAAGCCAAUAACUGUCCUAUCUGUCGCGCACCGUUCCGUGCGUUGCUUCAAAUUCGAGCGGUUCAAAAAAAUACCACUGGUUCGAACGUGGUAACGGCUGCGAGUCCUCAAGACACAACGGAUAACAUUCCAUCCGGAUACAUCCCAGUGUCCUUGAUUGAGGCUCUAAAUGGUCCAAUUAGCAUGUCCAAACAACAAUCCAAUGCCGAUAAUACUUCAACAAUGGAAAGUCCUAAAGAAAACACUAAUCAGACUGAAAAACAGGAGUCUGGUAAAAAUUCCGGCAAGGAAGCAGAUACCACCGGAUCACGUGAAAAACUAAAUCAGACUGCCGUCGAUUACCGAAUGUCGCUGUUGCUGUCCAAAGAAGACGGAACGGUUGCGUGUGUCACAAAAGAGCUUCUGACCAAGCAUUCGCCACUGUUGCAACGUGCUCCGGUCAGCAAGGAUAAGAAUCCACGCGAGAAAGGAAGCCUUCGAAUUCAACCCAGUCAACUGAUGGUGAAAGAUGCUGCUGCGCUGGAUCGCGAAACGGUACAACUGGUGAACGAAAAGUCUAAACUGCCCAAUCUAAGCGAAAUUGACGAUGACAGCGAGGCAGAGAAAUUGUCUCCACUUUUGCAGAAAGCAGAUAGUGACGGAACCGAUCGAAACUGUGAUACGUACGAGAAAAUGCCGAGAAUUUUGCGAAUGGACGAGGAAACCAUGAAUUCCCGGAAUCAAAAGGCGGUCGUGGCACUAGCUUCGGCCGAAGAUUCCGACUAUUAUACUCCGGAAGAUCCGCACACUACAAUUCUCAGUCCAUUGAAAGGUGAUGAAAAAUCCGACAGUACCAAAAAGCUGUCAACGCCGUUAACUGCAUUAAAAGAGGCAUCACAAGGCUCGCUUCCCGAUAGUCCGAUUAGUGGCAAUUCACACACAUCCACGCGUAGCUCGGGAGAUAGUUAUUCUUCCAGUUCCAGCACCCGACAACUGCUCUCAUCAGUAACAGCAAACGACACUCCGACCCACGUUACUGUGAAUGUUGAUGCUUCACCCGAAGGAUUAGUGAAGCACGAGAUCAAAAUAGGUACCAACACAAAGAUGGAUUGUAUCGACAGUGAUUAGGCAGGCUAUCCGGUUGUGGAACCGUUGGAACCGAAUUGUUCGAACAAAAAAAAAAUACGCAUUUCUACUACUACAAGUAAUAUAAUUGACCGUGUUUUUGCGACAGCAACAAUACCCUGUUAGUAAAAACGCAGGAGAAUUCGUUUUAGACGUUUGUGAAUUUCCCUUAGCAUUGAUUGGUAUUACCCGUUAGCAAGUGUAUUCAAGCAGAAAACGAGUUUGUGUUUGAAUUUUAACAUUAGAUUUUUAUUUUUCAAAUAUCACUGGAACAUUUAUCAAAUAAAUAAUUUUUAACCAAA